GCAAUCAAAGGUUCACCUCUAAACAAUGAUUCCGGUUACGGCUUCGGCUAACCGGCUCUAUUUAAAAGAAAUCUUGGAUAAUGCAGCGUUCGCGGGCCAGCAGCACGAGCAGCGUCCGCGCACCUGUUACAAACAUCAACAUCCAGCCUCAGGUCCAUCAGCAGCCCCUGGAGGCCCCUAAGAUUAUAGUUAUUCAUCCUGGUUCACAGAACUUGCGUAUUGGACGUGCUGCAGAUCUUAAUCCGCUAACAUUGCUUCAUGCAGUGGCCUACAAGCGAAAACGACAAAAGGAUGUUGUUUGCUCGGCUUCGCCCCAACCGCAUCAUGAUCCUCUGCUUCCGCCGCUAGACAAACUCAAUGAUCAGCUGCAGGUGGAGUUCGAGGAGCAGAGACUGGCCGUGUCCCGCAUCUUGCAACAUUGUGUAGUGGAUGAUCAAAAUCGUUUACGCGUUGCUACUCCCCCGCAGCAGUUGGCACUUUUUAAUCGAAACAGUGUUGCCGAGAAGAUUCCGGCUCCAGCCCAAGCCAGUGAUGUUGAAGAAUCAUGGCAGAAUCGCAACGGCACAGCGCUAUACGAUGAGCAAAUACUGCAACUGAAUGCCACCAAUAUCCAAGACUAUGACAUUCACUUUCCUAUCCAGCGAGGAGAAUUAAAUUUGCAUCAGCAACCGGGUGGAUCUUUGCAGGCUACGCUAGAACAUUUGGAACGUAUUUGGUCGCAUGCAUUGGAGUAUCGAUUAAAGAUUCCACUGCGUGAUUUGGGUACGCAUUGUGCUGUCCUGGUGGUUAACGAUGUGUUCGUUCGACGGCAUCUUCGAGAGUAUAUGACACUACUAUUGCAGCGCCUGGGCUUUCAGCGAUGUUUCCUAGUCCAGGACAGCGUGGCUGCCACAUAUGGCGCAGGUUUGGGUCAUGGUUGUGUUGUCGACAUCGGGGCCCAAAAAACGUCUAUUGCAUGCGUCGAGGAUGGAAUCUCACAGCUGGAUGCCCGUGUCCGCUUGCCCUACGGUGGCGCUGAUGUUGACCAUGUGCUGUUAAUGCUUUUGCGUAAGUGCGGGUUUCCUUAUCGCGAGUGUAACGUUCAGGAUAGUUAUGUAGAUGCCCGAGUACUGGUCGACCUAAAGGAGCGUUUCUGUCACCUGAACGUUGGUGUUUGUGGCUCCCAAGAGAAACAUUUUACAUUGCGUCGCCCGAAUGGUCAAUGGAUACGUUACACAUUGCAGGUUGGCGACGAGGCCAUUCUGGCUCCAUUGGCCCUCUUUCACACUGAACUGCUGAAUAUUACGGGCAAGACCAAAGAUGUGGCUACACAACAGUCGGCACGAUUGCAAUACGACUGUGAGGAUUGCUUUGAUGCAGAGUUCCUUCGGGAGACAGGCCGUAAAGGGAAUAACAAUGGAAUGCGUGCAAUGGAUCGCGAUCCAAUGUUGAACGCUACAGGCAUGGGACAGGCACUGCAGCGACUUCACCAAAUGGCACCAGUCACAGCUGACGACGAUGAACUGAUUGUUGUCGACCAGGAUGACACUAUUACUACCAUGAGCCAAGCUAGCAUAAAUAGUAACUCUCAACUGCCGCCGCCAAUUGGAUCACAUCCAAGUCCCAAUAUUUCCGUUACUUAUCACAAUGGCCAAGGUCAGAUUGUUCCACUGGAUCAGGCUAUCAUUCAGUCCAUUGGCCGUUGUGCCAGCUACGAUACAAAACGAAAAAUGUUUGGUUCCAUCCUUUUGGUCGGCAGCAUGGCAAAAUUGAACGGACUGGUACCUUGGCUAGAGCAACGCAUUGUUAAGCAAAUACCACCUGGUGUGGAUAUUAAUGUAUUUACUAAGAGCAUGGAUGUGGGCAUGGUGGCUUGGAAAGGUGCGGCUAUUAUGUCCGUGCUGGAGAGUGCUCGAGAGCUGUGGAUAACGCAACAAGAUUGGCAACAGAACGGCCUUCGCAUUUUACGCGAACGUUCACCUUUUCUUUGGUGAACUUUGUACCAUUUCGAAUAAGUAGAUUAUAAACAUAUAUUGCAAUAGACAUAAUUUCAAAACAAUAGACCAUAAGCAACGUAAAGAAAAAAGUCAGGCCAAUUUAAUAACUAUUUACUUUUGUAAUAUUUAUGUACUAGGAAAUAUAAAGGUAAAAACAA